GAUCAACCGGCUUGAGAACGAUCUCUCCCUCAAGCAGGGCGCAGGGACGGUAGAGGAGCUGCAGAAGGACUUGCAGCAAGCCGUGACUGCAGGUGACAAGCCUAAAGUCGGCGAGAUCCUGGAGGCACUACUAGGAAUGUUCAAGGAGAGCAAGGUGACCUAUGAUGCUGUCAAGACCUGCAAAGUUGGAAAAGACGUGGGCAAUGCAAUGAAGAUGGGAGAUCCUGACAUUGCCGCCCUUGGUCGAAAGGCUGUCGGCGAGAUCCAGGCAGUGGCAUGGCUUUUUGCCGAGAAAACCACGCUCCCGGAGCCUGGCAUAUCCGCCCGCCGCACCUCGAACUUCGGAGCUCGCGCCUUUCUCAGCUGGGUCGUAGUGGCGUCUCUGUUCGAACUUCUCGAGAUUCAGGGCGAUCUGCUGGGAGUCGGUACGUUGACUCCUGUGGCCAUGGAGAAGACUCACCUAGAGCCAGCAGAGCUUCAAGGGGUGCAAGGCCCUCCAGGUCCAUCAGACACUCCCAGGGCAAGUCGGAUCACGAAAGAUUCAUGGGGUCUGGCAUCACUGGAUCCAAGCACUUGGCCGGUGUUCAAGGAUGGCUUUGGCUCCUGCAACAGCCUGACCAUUGCGCCCGUACCUGAAGGCGACCCUGUAUCAGAGGGACAGCCGAUGGAGUCUCUUGACGAAGCUCUUGCCACAGCCCGUCACGAGAACGAGUCUUUGCGCCAACUCUGCUACGAUUUGGUAAGCUUGGCGCAGGAGAAGGACUUCCCUGAGGUGCCGAUUAGCCAUGAGGUGCUGCUUGCGGAGGCGCGGAAGAGCUUGCUGGCUGUUAGCCAGCAAAUGCUCCAAGCUGCCACAGAGCACGAUGCCACGCCUGCGGGGGGGAAUGCGCAGUUAUCUCCAUGUGAUGCGCCAGCGCCCGCAAAACCCAAGUCCAGCUCGAGGUGGAUGCCUUUGUCUUCACCCUCUGAGCCUGCUCGCAACAUGAACGAUACUUGCAUGUCGGCGAGUACAGCAUGUACGCCCACAGAGACCUGCCAAAGCAUCAAGACCGUGACCAGCAGCCCGGUCUCGAGAGUCGUAAGCUUGGAUGGUCGGGCUCAGAGCCCCGUGGCGACAUCUCCGACAGCCUGGUCUCCAUCCUGUCCUGUGUCUCCGAUGUGGAGCCCUGCCGUGCGGACGCGGGUCACACGAUUUGCUUCUGAUGGAACCUGCAGCCCGGUUCUGGCUACCCGAGCCACGAUGCCUGUGAUGCCGAUUCCGGGCAUCGCCUUGUCGCCGUCAUGUCCGGCCGCCGACUCGGAAUUGUGGUUCCUCUAG